AACUCCAUAUUUAGCAUCAACUAUACAAGUCUAGUUUUAUUGAUUAGUCAUCCAAUCACAAAUAAGAUUUUGUGACCUUGUUAAAUUUUGCUAUGUUAUUUAACUCGACUGAUUUUCUAUUGGUUACUUGAGGCAGUAAGGUCAUACUACUGGCCUCGCCCAGCGAUUGAUAAAUCUUGAGCCUUAAGACAGUUAUAGAUAAUUUUCAGGCUAUCUGAAAUGUCUACUUAGCAGGUAUAGUAGCUUCAUGACAGUUGGAGAGCAUCUCAAUCUGAAAUGGUGGAGCCGUCAAUAGCUUACAUUACAGCUAACAAUUUACCUCCAGAAAUUUUAUUGCGUGUUUUCAAUUAUCUCGAUACUGAUGAUUUAAUUAAUUGUAUUGAUGUAUGCUCUACUUGGAGACAAACAGCGCUUGACAAUUGUUUAUGGCAAAGAAAGUUGGUAAUAAUUUUAAAAACUCAAUGGUCUACUCUUAUAUGUGAUUCUAAACCCAAAUAUGCUCCAGACCUACAAAAGCUACAAACAGUUCAUCCUUACAAAAUAUAUCGCUUCCUUAAGAAAUAUGUUCCUCAACACUUACUUGGUGACCAGAAAGAAGCAUCAAAAGUCCAUCUUUUGAUCAAUAAGAUCAAUCAGCUUAGUCUUGCUUCGGCCCCACAUGAAGGUCAAUCAACUAGUCCUUUAUCUUUCUGUGAAUUAUUUUGGAAGUGGUGGAAUAAUUUUAGACGUAGAUUGUCCAUCUACCAUGCUUCACGUUCGAAUGACAUAAGCCGUCAGCGUUGUCGAUUUGCAGUGUUUGGACCUGGUUUUGACCAGAGAGCUACAAGUUGCUUGUUUAGUAAAUUGGUUGAUGUAAAAACCAAAUCAUUUGAACCAUUAAAUAUGAUACCAGGUCGAAUGGGCUUUGGUGCUGGACUUACACUUCGGCUACAUAAUCAAGCGCAAAUGGCAGCAUUAGAUUCUUCUGUAUAUUUUCCUGAGAAAACAUUUAAACAUUCAAAAAAUGAUUAUAAAAAAUCUAUUCUGAAGGAGACAUAUACACCCAAUUCACAAGCUAUCAAUUAUUUAAACGAUUUCAUAUUUGAUUUACAUUAUCUUUAUUCUUUAAGUGGACAUUUAAGUCAUAAGUUUAAUAGUCAGCCGGAGCGAAUUCAUGCUAGUCGUCUAUUUACUUAUUCAAAUGAUGUAAAUAUCUCAGACAUUCACUCAACAUCAUUGAAUGGAUUAAUUGUAAGUAAUGAAAUGAAAUGUUUAUUACACGGUAUUUGUGGAAUAAUUUACGCUCUUGAUGCUAGAGAAACAACUGAACAAGCUAUUUACUUAUAUAUUGAACUAAAAACUGUAUUAAAAGGUUUUCCUAAUGAAAUAGCACAUAAAGUACCGAUUGUCAUCCUGUAUAUUAUGCCAAUUGAAGAUAUUUUACAAAAUAAUAAUACAGAAAAUUAUAUUCAUUCAAAUUCUUUGGAAGAUUCUACUAGAACAAAUGAAAUCUAUUUAAAUCGUGAUAGUUACAGUGGUGCAAAUUACACAUUCUCAUGGUGUGGUUCAUUGUUACAACCUUUAACAUGUUUACAUCUAUUUGAAUUACAAAAUCCAUGGCGUUUACAAAAAUGUGCCAGUAAUGAUAUUAAAGCGGUUAUUCAAAGUUUAAUGUGGUUAAAAUCUAAACAUCCAACUAUUCUUGAUGCAAUAAAUUCAACUAAUAUGAAACGUGCAACUUCCACAACAUAUUGAUUUCAUAAUUAACAACUAUAAUUGAUUACUAUGAUAGAGAUGCUAUGCAAGUUUCUAUUUUUCAUUCUUCCUUAAAAUUCUUGUUUUUCUUCAACGAUAAGAGAAAAAAAAACAAGUCAGUAGAAAAAAUGUUAUUGUUUGUUUUCACCAAUAGUCUUUCAUUUAUUUUCAUUCAUGACUAUUUUGUUUGAUAAAGAGUUAAAGAGAGAUAGAAAAAACAAAGAGUAGAUGUAACUAAAUACUUUCUAUUGUUCAUAUGAUUGUUUGUUGAGAUAUUGUUUUUCUUUAAAAAAAAAAGAAAGAUAAUGUUGCAAAAUGAAUGUUUGCUUAUUUGUUUAACUAUUUUUUUUCUAUAAACAAUCUGUAGAAAUACAAUUCACUAUUAUGUACAUAGGGAUAAUUUGUAAAAAUCAGAUUUUUCUCUCUUAGUUAAAUAGAUAGAUAAACAAUUAGUUGAAAUGGUAUACUGAGAUCAGUCUUAUACAGAUAAUAUUAUACAAAGUAUAAUUUGAAGUUUAUGUUAUACUAGUGUAAUUUUUUCUUUGUUUUUAAAGAAUAUAGUUUAAUGUAUGAUGAUGAAUAGUCAAAAUGUUACUUUGAAAAGAUGUUACAUCCUUGCAAAAUAAGUAAAUUGUCUUUGUUUAGAUGAAGAAUGAUAGUCAUCAUGAACUGAUGACAUUUAUCGGAUCAUCCAUUACCUAUGGACUUAACAAAGUCAGAGGUGAGACAUUCGUAAUUGAUGAUACUGAGUGAUGAUUACGCUAUUAUAGGAAAGGAUUGAAAAUAAACAAAAUACGAUAUAUUGUGUUUGAUUCAGUCGUUUAAACAUAUUAUAUUAAUCAUGAAUUAGGUAUCAUAUGGAGGUAGUAAAUGGUCAUCGAUAGUGUCACUAACAAUGAUGAAGUAGUUCCCAAAUCAUCGCUGCUUCUGAUGGUUCUCUAACCGUUAUCAAUAUCUGUUUCGGCAAGAAAAAAUACUCCCGAAAUGACCUAUAUUAAAGUCAUUAAUGAUUUAUACAGUUACUUACUUACGCCUGUUACUC